AUAAUUUAAUUGAUUCGAAAAUUUUUCACUCAAUCUACUCGAUGGAAUAUUCACUUCUACCUUAUCCAUGGCCUAGAAGACAUCGUUUGGCCAUUAUCUAGCUCCCAAAACCUUCGUUCUUGAGCUCCUAAAUCUCAAAAAACCCCUCAAACAGAUCCUGAAAUUAGAUGGAAAAGGAUCGGUCCUUACAACCUCCUCCUCCACAUGUUCUCGUCUUCCCCUUCCCAUUACAAGGCCAUAUAAACUCUAUGAUUAAGCUAGCUGAACUGCUGGCCCUCGCCGGCUUCAAGCUCACUUUCCUCAACUCCCACUACAACCAUGAACGCUUGGUCAAGUUCAACAACAUUGCUGCCCACUUUGAAAGAUACCAAGGGUUCGAAUUCAAGACCAUAACCGAUGGUCUCCCUCUUGAUCAUCCCAGGUCUGGGAAUUGGUUCCUUGAUAUGUACGAAGAGGCCCUGGAAAUGAAAAUGAAGCCAGGUUUGAGAGAGAUGCUUGAAAAUAUCAGCCCACCAGUGGAUUGCAUAAUUGCAGAUGGGUUUUUAGGCUUUGCUAUUGAUGUUGCAAAGGAGCUUGAAAUCCCCAUUAUUUAUUUUCGUACCAGCAGUCCUUGUAGUUUCUGGGUUUAUUAUUCCAUCCCUGAUAUAAUCCAAGCUGGGGAGCUUCCUAUCAAAGGAAGUGAAGAUAUGGACCGGUUGUUAACAACAGUGCCAGGCAUGGAAACUUAUUUUCGAUGUCGAGAUCUUCCUAGUUUUUGUCGAGAAACUGAUAUUGAAGAUUCAAUUAUCAAACUUUAUGUAAAACAGACACAAAAGAGCUCUCAAGCUGAUGCCUUGAUACUCAACACCGCCGAAGAGCUCGAUGGGCCUAUACUAUCUCAAAUACGCACCAAAUGCCCUCGUGUCUAUGCCAUUGGACCCUUACAUGCUCAAUUAAACACUAGACUCAAGGCAAAACAUGGAGAAUCAUAUGAUCACUUCUCGAACACCCUUUGGGAAGUGGAUAAAAGCUGCAUCUUUUGGCUCGAUAAGCAACCAAAUCGAUCUGUUAUUUAUGUAAGUUUUGGUAGCAUAACGAGCACGUCAAGGGAGCAACUUGUAGAGCUUUGGUAUGGACUUCUUAACAGUAAAACGAAGUUCUUGCUUGUUGUAAGGCCGAAUUCUGUGAUUGGAAAAGAUGGUGAAGGGGAGGAUGUUGUAGUGGAGCUUAUGGAGAAGAGUAAGGAUCAAGGUUACAUAGUAAAUUGGGCACCACAAGAGGCGGUUUUGAACCACCCAACCGUUGGCGGGUUCUUUACGCAUAAUGGAUGGAACUCGACUUUGGAGAGCAUCGUCGCAGGGGUGCCUAUGAUUUGCUGGCCUUACUUUGCUGACCAACAAGUGAAUAGUAGGGUUGUGAGUGAGGUAUGGAAAAUAGGGUUGGAUAUGAAGGAUGUAUGUGAUAAAAAGAUAGUGGAGAAAAUGGUGAAAGAUGUGAUGGUGGAUCAAAAGGAGGAGUUUGUACAAUCGGCAGCCGAAACGGCUAAGGUAACGAAUCAAAGUGUUAAUGUUGGUGGGUCUUCUUAUAGUAAUUUGGAUCAUUUAAUUGAAGAUAUUAGAAUAAUGAGCUUGAAAACCCCAAAAACUAUGAUAGUUUCUUAAGGAAUGAAUUUAUCUCAAUAUGAAUUUAUUCAUAGAA